ACCUUCCAGCUUCCUUCAUAAUUCCACAACUUCCGAAUCAGUGAAAGAGUUUUCGCUCACGGAGUCUACGAGAUCAAGUACGAAUCACUGCCACCAAGAAGACGACUUUGUAAAGCGACGUUACUUAUACCAUCUUGUAAUACGGUUUUCUGUCGAAACAAUUAAUCGGGUGUCUUAAACAUUUCAUCCUUAUCGUCAUACCUCAUACACACAAUCCGCAAGCAAAAUCUCAUUCUACUCAAGAUGUCGAGUCAACCACUCCUUCAAACUGCGCCUGGAAAACGCAUCGCCCUUCCCACGCGCGUCGAACCCAAAGUCUUCUUCGCCAACGAGCGCACCUUUCUCUCCUGGCUCAACUUCACCGUCAUCCUCGGCGCUCUCGCAAUCGGCAUGUUGAAUUUUGGCGAUCGUCCCGCCUUCAUCUCCGCUUCCAUCUUCACAGUCAUCUCCAUGUUGACAAUGGGGUAUGCGUUGUACACGUACCAUUGGCGUGCAAAGAGUAUCAGGUUGAGAGGACAAGGAGGCUUUGAUGAUCGGGUUGGUCCGACUGUGUUGGCUUUGGUCUUGUUGUUGGCAGUGGUGGUGAACUUUAUUUUGAGAAUUGUUUACGGAAGGGAUUGAAUAGGAGGAGAGCGGAGAAAGAUGGAGGGGAAGUGAGAAUUAUGAGAAAGGGGGAAGCUUAUAGUUGUGGUUGGAAAGGGGAUAGAUAGUGAGGGAUUUGAGCAAGCGAGAAUACGGGGGAGACGAUGGGAUGAGAGUCGAGGACAUGUUACUGAUGAAGGAGAGCGUCGCAAUUGGGAGUUGAUAUAUAAUUAUCACUGCCAGACCAGCAGUAUAUCAACUGCAUGUAAGUAUAUUGGACUUUCGCAGGAACAUGUAGUUAGUUAUUGAACUGAGAGCGAGUUUAUUUAGAUUGGGAAAGCUGGAAGUAAUUACAUCACUAAAUAGUGAUGACUAGUCGUAGCUAGUCGUAGCUGUCAUGUCAUAUAUAUGUAUUUAUAUUUUUGGG